AUGCAAAGCGACCACGGCUGCACAGCUAUUUCUUGCCCCAUGGCUUGCUGUCCUCUGGCUCGGUGCUCGUUUGACACACAGCUUGUUUUGGUACCUCAUGCCAUGGACGCCAAAUACUUGUCGCUCAAAAGCGGAUAUGCCGGCUUUCGGCUUGCUUGGCCUUUAACACGAGAGCAAAGGAAACAUACAAUGUGA